AUGGCUUCUGGCUCUGGAUAUAGUCAAGGCUAUCAUCAAUUGCCUGGGCAGGGUCAAGGCCCGCGCUCCACUGCGUCGCUAGUGUCCCAAACCUCUUCUCGAGAGAACCCAUUUAACGAUUCGUCGCCCAACUCGAUUUCUGGAAAAUUCAACCUCUCACCAGACCCACGCGCCUGGGGGACGACGGCGGGCGCAGAAGACGACGACUGGCUACACGACCCACGGAGAGGCAAGUCGAUUGAUGAUCUUGGGACCAUCUUUACGUUCCGAGGACUGGCAAAUGUCGGAUGCCUUGUGAUCCUCGCACUCGGCCUCACAACGCUCUUUGCUGGAUAUCCGUUAAUCGAUUAUUUUACUCGCGAUAAGCAAACCAAUCUUGGUGGAUAUAAUUUGGGCGCCAUCAAUGCUACAGGACAAGUCAUGCAAUCUUCCUUUUCUCUCAUCGACCCGGACACGCCGCAGUCUGCAUAUACCAAACCGGGUAUUCGAAAUCCCUCAGAGGAGCUACAACUCGUCUUCUCGGACGAGUUCAACGUUGAAGGUCGUACAUUCUACCCAGGUGACGAUCCAUUCUGGGAAGCUGUCGAUCUCUGGUACUGGCCAACCAACGAUAUGGAGUGGUAUGACCCGGAACAGGUCACCACCACUGGCGGAUAUCUCAGGAUCCUCAUGGAAGAACGCCGGAAUCACGGUAUGAGAUACAUAAGUGGCAUGAUCUCGAGUUGGAACAAGUUUUGCUUCACUGGUGGAUACAUUGAAGCUGCCGUAUCGCUUCCUGGUGAUCCAACUGUAUCUGGUCUAUGGCCCGCCGUUUGGACAAUGGGCAACCUUGGUCGUGCCGGCUUUGGUGCUUCUACUGAAGGUCUCUGGCCAUAUACCUACGACAAGUGCGAUGUCGGUACUCUUCCUAAUCAAACCAAUGCCGAUGGAUCGCCACACGGACCCACACACACGGGUAUCGUCCCUGAAUUCGACUUUGAGCUCUCAUGGCUUCCUGGAAUGCGUCUCUCGGCCUGCACGUGCCCUGGAGAGCAACACCCUGGUCCAGUUCACCGCGACGGAACCUUUGUGUCGCGUUCGGCGCCAGAAAUCGAUAUCAUCGAAGUCCAAGUCAACAUGACUACACGUGAGGGAGAGGCUUCUCAAUCCGUCCAGUUUGCACCAUUCGACGACAACUAUGCCUGGAACAACGAGACAUACCUCGAGAUCUAUGAUAAUACCGUAUCCUACCUCAACUCGUAUCAAGGUGGUGUCCUGCAGCAGACUGGCUCAGUUGUGUCUAUCGUCAAUCAAGACUGCUAUACCACCAAGUCGAGCUGCUUUGCCAUCUACGGCUACGAGUACAAGCCGGGACUUCAGGAGGAUGGUGCCUACAUCACCUGGGUAAACAAUGGCAAGCGAUCAUGGACGUUCCAAGCCGGAGGUAUCGGAGAAAACCCUCGCGUAGAAAUCUCUGCUCGACCGAUUCCCCGUGAGCCCAUGUAUAUUCUUAUCAACUUGGGUAUCUCCGACGGUUUCUCGCCAGUCGAAGCCACCCUCAGGUUCCCGGUUGAGAUGCAUAUUGAUUACAUCCGAGUAUACCAACCCAAGGAUGCGAUCAACUACGGAUGCGACCCACAAGGAUUCCCGACAUCGAACUAUAUCAACCAGUACAUCGAGGCCUAUACAAAUCCCAAUUUGACAAGUUGGGAGAAGGACUAUGGACAGACAUGGCCGAGGAGCAGUCUCAAGGAUGGUUGCUAA